GAGGCGGCGGCGGCGGCGGCGGUGAGAAGAUGGCGAUUUCGAACAAUCCGCGGAAAUUCAUCGAGAAGAUCGCGCUGCACAAUCAGAAGCAGGCGGAGGAGACAGCGGCCUUCGAGGAGGUCAUGAAGGACCUGAGCCUGACGCGGGCCGCGCGGCUCCAGCUCCAGAAAUCCCAGUACCUGCAACUGGGCCCGAGCCGCGACCAGUACUACGGCGGGUCCUUGCUCAAUGUGAACCAGAUUGGGAGUGGCAUCAUGCACCUGCCCUUCCAGACCCCCUUCCAAUCCUCGGGUCUGGACACCGGCCGGACCACCCGACACCACGGGCUGGUGGACAGGGUGUACCGGGAGCGUGGCCGGCUCGGCUCCCCGCACAGCCGGCCCCUGUCAGUGGACAAACACGGACGGCAGGCCGACAGCUGCCCCUACGGCACGGUGUACCUCCGGCCACCCGCGGACACCAGCUGGAGGAGGACCAAUUCUGACUCCGCACUGCACCAGAGCACAAUGACGCCCACACAGCCAGAAUCCUUUACCAGUGGGUCCCAGGACGUGAACCAGAAAAAAGUCUUACUGUUAACAGUCCCAGGAAUGGAAGAGACCACAUCAGAGGCAGACAAAAACCUUUCCAAGCAAGAGUGGGACACCAAGAAGACGGGGUCCAGGCCCAAGUCCUGUGAGGUCCCCAGAAUCAACAUCUUCCCAUCUGCCGACCAGGAAAACACUACAGCCCUGAUCCAGGCUACCCACAACACUGGGGGCUCCCUGCCCGACCUGACCAACAUCCACUUCCCCUCCCCGCUCCCGAUCCCGCUGGACCCCGAGGAGCCCACCUUCCCCGCGCUGAGCAGCUCCAGCAGCACCGGCAGCCUCGCGGCCAACCUGAUGCACCUGGGCAUCGGCGGCGCCGGCCAGGGAAUGAGCACACCUGGGUCCUCUCCGCAGCACCACCCAGCCGGCGUCAGCCCCCUGUCCCUGAGCACAGAGGCGAGGCGUCAGCAAACAUCGCCCACCCUGUCCCCGCUGUCACCCAUCACUCAGGCCGUGGCCAUGGAUGCCCUGUCUCUGGAGCAGCAGCUGCUCUACGCCUUCUUCACCCAGGCGGGCUCCCAGCAGCCGCCGCCGCAGCCCCAGCCCCCGCCGCCCCCUCCGCCAGCGUCACAGCAGCCGCCGCCCCCACCACCCCCGCAGGCGUCCGUCCGCCUGCCCCCCGGCGGCCCCCUGUUGCCCAGCGCCAGCCUGGCUCGUGGGCCACAGCCACCCCCCAUCGCGGUCACGGUACCGUUCUCUCUCCCCCAGCGCCCCCCAGAGAACCCCGGCCAGCCGUCGAUGGGGAUCGACACCGCGUCGGCGCCGGCUCUGCAGCAGUGCCGCACGCGCGCCUGCUCCCCGGCCAACCAGUCUCCCACCUCGCCAGCCUCCAAUCAAGGCUUCUCCCCGGGGAGCUCCCCGCAGCACACUUCCACCCUGGGCAGCGCGUUUGGGGACGCGUACUAUGAGCAGCUGAUGGCGGCCAGGCAGGCCAACGCUCCGUCCCACCAGCUGGAGCGGUUCAGCACGAUGGAGAACGCCAUCAGCUCCAGCAGCCUGUACGGCCCCGGCUCCACGCUCAACGACUCGCAGGCGGCCAUGAUGGGCCUCACCGGCAGCCACGGGAGCCUGCCGGACUCGCUGCAGCUGCGCUACGCCGGCCACAGCGGCGUCCCCAACAUCAUCCUCACGGUGACAGGAGAGUCCCCCCCCAGCCUCUCUAAAGAACUGACCAGCUCUCUGGCCGGGGUCGGCGACGUCAGCUUCGACUCCGACAGCCAGUUUCCCCUGGAUGAACUCAAGAUCGACCCCCUGACCCUCGACGGCCUGCACAUGCUCUACGACCCCGACAUGGUUCUGGCCGACCCGGCCACCGAGGACGCCUUCCGGAUGGACCGUCUGUGAGCGGGCACGCCCGGCGUCCUGCGGUUCAGCCGUCCUGACGGCGCCCCCCCAGCCCGGGGCCGACCGCGCUCCGUCCCUCGCCCCAACUGCUGAGCUUGUGAUUCCGAGCUUGCAACGCCCCCCGCCGGCCCGCCCCCGGUUUUCCACCUCCCGCGAAGCCCAAUCACGAGGCCGCGAGCUGGGCCUUCCACCCGCGCGCCCGGGGCAGGGCUGGGAUAGGAGGUCAUGAGCCCCCCGCCCCCGCAGACCCUCCCUGCAUGGGCUCCCUUGCCCCCAGCCCCGGGGCCUGAGCUGUCGUCCCCUGUAAGAUGCGGGAAGUGUCGGCUCCUGGCGUGGCGGGCAGGCUCAGGGGAGGGGUGCGCAUGGUCCACCAGCGCUGUGGGCCGCGGUGCAUUUUCCGACUGUUUGCCCAGCUCUCACUGCCUUCCUCGGUUUCCGGUCCCCCAACCCAUCCGCCACCCCCAGCCCGUGGUCAGAUGAGAGUGAGCCCCACACGCUGCCCCAGGGAGGAGGCGCCAGAGCACUGGGCAGACACAAAGUGAAAUAAACACUAUUUU